AGGAGUAUUCACAUUUUGACUUGAGCUUCUCCCAGUUGUUGAUCAUCAUACAUGUAGGCACUUAUAAAUGUUGUAGAGGGGCUAUGGCGAAUAUUUUCUGCUGGAGAAACCUAAGACAGGGCCGCUGCUUAGUUCUCCUCUUUGGCUACGCAUUGGGGAUCGUCUUAGGAUGCGCUAUCACUCUCACUUUCGACUUUCGACACGUUGAGCCAGCCAGUGCUGUCAACGUCAAAAGAGAGCUAAUACCACUGUCUAAUGAUGAAGUAAUAGACUCCACUCAUUCCCCUUCUCAUCAUCGCCUCAGAGCUGAAGCUCCCCACGUCCCAGCCUCUCACGGGAUCCAUUCGAUCAGCGAACACCACCUAAAGAAUCUACUCUACGUUGGAGUCCUCCCCACAGACGAUAUAAAACUAAGCAUAGACUCCAUCUCCCACACCUGGGGACAGACUGUAUCAAAACUUGCGAUAUUUCUCCCAAAGGAUACCCAAGUCGAAUCCGGUUCCGAUAAUACUCAAAUAUUGAAGGUUUUGGAACCAUCCGGGGACGCCCUUGGGCCUCCAAUGUGGCCGAGCGUUCUCAACGUUAUCGAAUACAUUUAUGAUAAUCACCGCUCGCAGUACAAAUGGUUCCUGCUAAGUUCUGAGAGAGUCUACGUUAAUAUCUACGCUUUGCAUGAGAUCUCUGAUAACGCUGGCCCUCGUGACAUUGUGUACACUGGCCACAUGUCGCUGGAGGCUGGAGAAACUCCGUCGCAUUAUUGCAAGAGUGACGCUGGGGUCUUGCUCAGUCAGGAAGGAUUGGUAAAGCUGGGUAGCAAAUUGAAGGAUUGUGCUAAGAUGAAUAGUGAUCCGUCAUGGGAUUCGUGGCUAGGGAAGUGUAUCAACCAGACGCUGGGUUUAUCCUGUUUUAAAAUAUUUUCAAAACACUUUGUUGUCGACAAGUUAAGAACCUCUAGGUCGCCGGACGAGCUUUGGAAACCGAACUCAAUUUUCUCAAAGGCUCUUUCAAUCUUUCCCGUAGUCAGCUCCGAGCACAUGUACACGUUACAUUACUACUACUCGUCCAUAGAACUGAAGCGCUCGAUGGAUCGAGUGUCGUACUUUAACAGUCUAAUGAGCGACACAUGCCAAGAGCUGCCUCAAAAUAUCCUACAGACUGACGUGGUCCAAAGCGACUGCUCGGCCGUCAUUCCGGAUGAGAAAGAGGAGGAGCCUGAGAAAGCUAAUAGUGAGAUUAAGCAGAGAGUUCCUCUCCGACGCUUCAAACCCGCAAACAAGUUUCAGUACCAGCACUGGAGGUAUUUCGAUCCAUUUUAUCUCUACACGGACGAUACCCUAGAGCCUUAUGUAUCAGUCAAGGCGUUCAAGUAUUAUUCUCUGGAGCUGAAGAGAGCCAUUCAAGAGGCAGUUCAUGUUGUGAAUAAGAGGCAUCAUCCAGUACGCGUGAAAUUUAAGCGUCUUCAUAAUGGGUAUGUACGACACGACCCUCUACAAGGCAACGAGUAUAUUAUCGAUGCCACAUUCAUGGAGAGAAGACGAGGGAGACGGAUGUUUAACGAAAGAGUGAGAAUACUGAGACCCCUGGCUUCUAAUUUCAUAUUGCAGUCCUCGAAAAACGAUAAAGACGAGAAAGUUCACAUCGUGGUACCUAUUUCUGACGUUACUCAUCGCUGCUUUGAGUUCCUUGGGAUGUUUGCUAAUGUCUCGUUAGCUACAAAAGAAGCAACUCACCUUGUUUUGGUUGUCUUCGGCGACAAAGACCUCAUAGAGAUAGAGGAGAAAGUCGACAUGUAUAAAAAGACCUAUGCCGAAGCCGAAAUUAGCAUUGUGAAAGGUGUGGGGACUUUUUCACGUGCAAAGGCUCUUGAUCAAGGCAUGAAAUCACUUGAGAGUGGAGAUUUGACUUUCUUCUGUGACGUCGACAUGACGAUCGAGCGACCAUUCUUGGAUCGCUGCCGCCGGAACACCGUCGAAGGCCGAAUGGUGUAUUACCCAGAAGUUUUCAAACUUUAUAAUCCGAAAUUCGUACCAGUCAACAAUAGAAAAAUAUCCCGUAAGCAGGGCCAUUGGGUCAACUAUGGAUACGGAAUGCUCUGUAUUUACAAGUCGGAUUAUGACGCCAUUGGAGGUCUGAACACAGAGAUGCUUGGAUGGGGAGGCGAAGACGUUGAUUUCUUUGAAAAAGUUCUAAAAAGCAAAUUAGAAGUGUUGCAGAGUCCAGACACAGGGCUUAUACAUCGAUGGCAUCCUAAUGUGUGUGCUCAGGAUACUACGAAUAAGUACAAUCGAGAGUCUUGUAUCAAGUCGAGAGCAGAAGCUUUAGGGGAUAAGACUGAGCUUGCUAGGUAUAUUUAUGACAUUAUGGAGAAGCAUCCUGAGUUGACUUAGCAUCUUUUAGCAUUGGUCUUUUUAAUUUUAACUUUAUUUCUUUCCUUGCCUGCACUCCCCCCUCUCUCUCUCUCUCUCUCUCUCUCUCUCUCUC